AUGACUUCAAAUUCNUCUGUUGGAUGCUCUCUNAUUGAUAUGUAUUCAAAGUGUGGAAUGAUAGAAGAGGCANNGAAGAUACAUAGUCGAUUGUUUCUNCGAGCCAAUAUUCNAGGAACAACGGAAGAGCUUGAAANGAUGCACAAUAAGAGACUGCAAGAAAUGUGUGUUUCAUGGAACUCAAUCAUUUCCGGAUAUGUAACUAAGGAACAGAGCGAGGAUGCUCAGAUGGUUUUCACCCGGAUGAUGGAGAUGGGCAUAACUCCUGACAAGUUUACUUACGCAACGGUUCUUGAUACUUGUGCGAAUCUAGCUUCUGCUGAAUUAGGCAAGCAGAUUCAUGCUCAGGUCAUCAAGAAAGAAAUGCAAUCUGAUGUGUAUAUCUGCAGCACCCUCGUUGACAUGUACUCGAAAUGUGGAGAGCUCCACGAUUCAAAAUUGAUGUUUGAGAAGGCGCUGAAAAGAUAUUUCGUGACCUGGAACGCCAUGAUUUGUUGGUAUGCACAUCACGGGAAAGGAGAAGAAGCUAUAAAAUUGUUUGAGAGAAUGAUACUCGAAAACAUCAAACCGAAUCACGACUCGAAUACUUCUACAUGA